AUGUCUGUCCCAGUGUGGCAACCAGACUCGCAGGCUUCUUGCUGUUGCCUCUGCUCAAACAAAUUCACCCUUUUCAACCGGAGACACCACUGCCGGAAGUGUGGGAGGGUUGUCUGCGGAGACUGCUCUGACCAGCAGAUCAGGUACUUUGCUAGUACGAUGAUUGUGGGGCCAGGUAACAGGCAAACAAGACCCACUCCUUACGAUACGUACAGAACUUGCGACGAGUGCGUUGAAGAGAUCAGAAUGAUCAGAAGAGCUUUAUUUGACGGCGUGAACAUAGACCAGAGCAUCGACUCGCCCAGAAUCACCGGCCUUACCUCUAGUGCUGCACCUGGUGGUGGAUCUGAGAACUCGCCAGGCGAGACUAACUCCAUAUCGUCUGUUACCAAGUACAUAUCCACUCGUACCCGCACCAGACUCAUACACUCGUCUACACAGUCAAGCGUAAACACCACGCCAAAGAUUACUGCUGCAGAACCGUCGCCCCAGCCUCCUUCGGACGACGAUCAGUCUGACCAUAACCUCUGUCCAGUGUGUGCAAUCAACCUCCUGCAGUUAUUCAAAGGCAGUGGCAAUGAUGAUUUGGAGACCUUUAAAGAGGAGCACAUCAACGACUGUCUUACUCAGUUUGACUUCAACUUUGACCACCAACGUAGCCCCACUGCUGAUGGAUCCAGGCUCCAUACACGGAACAAGAUGUUGGUCUACAACAUACCACCUAUCCCCAAACCGCAAUUUGAAACCUUCCCAGCUUCCUCGUCAUCUUCUUCUAAUGCUAUCAAUACCGAAGCGGUGCCAGAAUUCAUUGUGGGCUCGGAAAACUCGGCUCACUCCACCAUGCAAAUGUCUGAGAAGUUUGUUGCCAGAGAGUGUGUUAUUUGUUUAGAGGACUUGAAACCUGGUGAUAAAGUUGGGAGAUUGGAAUGCUUAUGUGUCUUCCACUAUAAAUGCAUCAAGGAUUGGUUCAAUAAGAAGGGAUAUGGCGAAUGUCCUGUGCAUUUCUUACAUAAGUAG